AUGUCCGACGAACGCGUUACUGCUGACUUCAUUAAGUCGCUCUUCCGAGUGUCUGGGCUUGGCGAGCUUGAUCUCGAGGAGGGUGAGGACUGGAUGGCGUACAGCAGCGGCAGAAAGAUAGCUUCCGUCAUCCACACGACUGGGUUGUGCGCCAAUGCUCAGACAGUCGAUGAAGACGAUGCUCUCCUCCUUGGCAACGCGGAUCAAGACGAACAGAACUAUGUCAGCGACGAGGAGGAUCUGUCUGGUUAUCAUUCCUGCUGCGAGGACCUCUCCGCGUUGUCCGAUAGCGAAACAGACUCCAAAGGGGUCGAGGCGGCUCAGGAGGAAGGGCACAAGCCUGCCUUUCAAUCUUGGUGCAUCAUUGCUUGA